AUGAGGGCAUUUCAGUCGGCUUGUGUGGAGCUUGGAAUAAAAAUGAAAUGGGCGGCGUACGCAGAUGAUCUACAGAUUAUAACAGACGAUGUUGAAACUGCGGAACGGGCAUUGUGGGAGCUUCAGGCUGCGGCAGCUCUAGUAGGGUUGAAAGUGAAUGCAUCCAAAACGGAGAUUAUGGCUAGGAGAGUAGGAGGGAAGGUGAAGAAGAUAGAGGAUUCUGGUAGGGAGGAAAGGGUCACUGUGAAAUGGGACGACGGUGAUUAUCUGGGAUGGAAGAGGUGUAUUUCCAUCGAAGAGAAUCGGAACAGAUCUUUCCAACCUACGCAUACGAUACAUUAUGAUGAUGGCGAGAUAGUUGAGUAUGUGAUCAAGAAGGCUGGGUGGGCCACGGAUGAGGAUGGAGAUAAACAUCGAGUUAAGAGUUUGGGAUUUGAGAGAAAUAUCCAGGGGGGUGAUCAAUGGCAAUGUGAAUCCUGCCUAAAUCCAUACGAGAAGAGGAUGUAA